GCGAGUGGCCGAGGUCGAGGCUCCAGGCUCGGCUUAUGAACCGCGCGCUCCCCGUGAAAAAGAAGAUGCUUCGCCCAGGAUGGAGAGAGGAGAGCAUCUGACACCCGGACGAGACGCCGUGACUCGGCUCAACGCCACGACCAACAUGGCCGCUCCCUCCUUCAACCUCUCCGCCCUCGCCCUCGCCCCAUUCUUCGCCGGCGCCAGCAACUGCAGCGACGCAGCAGCGGGGCAGUCAUCGCCGCCGUACAACUUCUACGCCGUGCUGCUGGUGCUGCUCAUCUUCUGCGUGGUCUUCGGGAACGUGCUGGUGUGCGUCGCCGUGUCGCGGGAGCGCGCCCUGCAGACCACCACCAACUACCUCAUCGUCUCGCUGGCAGUGUCCGACCUGCUGCUCGCCACCCUGGUCAUGCCCUGGGGGGUCUACCUGGAGGUGGUGGGCGAGUGGCGCUUCAGUCUCAUCCACUGUGACAUCCUGCUCACGCUGGACGUCAUGAUGUGCACCGCCAGCAUCCUCAACCUGUGCGCCAUCAGCAUCGACAGAUACACGGCGGUCGCCAUGCCGAUGCUGUACAACACCCGCUACAGUUCCAGGAGGAGAGUGGCCGUGAUGAUUGGCGUGGUUUGGUUCCUCUCGUUCGCCAUCUCCUGCCCGCUGCUCUUUGGACUCAACAACACUGCGGGCCGUGAAGGCACCACGUGCAGCUUCGCCGACCCGGCCUUCGUGGUGUACUCGUCCGUGGCGUCCUUCUACGUGCCCUUCAUCGUCACGCUGCUGGUGUACGCGCAGAUCUGCGUGGUGCUGCGCAGACGCGGCAGACGCACGGCGCCGCCGCGCAGGCACGGCUUCAACGGGCGGGGCGGCGCCGAGGCGGCGGACGCGGCCCGGCGCCACCGGAAGAAUCGAUGCACGCAGCCUGAGGACGUGAAGCUCUGUGCUCUCAUCCUCAGACCCUCCACUGCUGCCCCCCAGCGCAGGAGAGUGACCUUGGUCAAAGAGGCAGUGGUGCACCCCCUAGAGGUGGAGCCAGGUCGCUUUCUGCCGCAGACCGAGCAGAGCUUGGCUCCGCCCCCUUCUCCCCAAACCUCUUCUCACCCGCACCCGGGCCGGGCCAGGAUCUCCCUGUCCAUCUCGGUGGGCCCCGCCCCGUCCGCCCUCCCUUCCACAGUGACGCGCUCUGCCCUGAUGCCUCGCCCCCCGACCCUGGAGGGCGGCAUGAGGGGCCGCGAGGGUUGGCGGGAGCACAGCGGUGGCCGGGACAGGUGGGCUGGCACCAAGGAGCGAGCGAGGGGGAGGAUGUCGCAGCAGAAGGAGAGGAAGGCCACGCAGAUGCUGGCCAUUGUGCUUGGUGUCUUCAUCAUCUGCUGGCUGCCCUUCUUCCUGACCCACGUGCUGAAAGCCCACUGCACCAGCUGCUGCAUCUCGCCGUCGCUCUACAGCGCCGUCACCUGGCUGGGCUACCUCAACAGCGCCGUCAACCCCGUCAUCUACACCACCUUCAACAUCGAGUUCCGCAAGGCCUUCAUCAAGAUCCUCCUGUGCUGAGGACACUCGGUGGACACAGGAAGCACUGCAGACUUUAGUUCCAAACAAGACAAUUCAAGAAGUCCAAAAUGGACACAUGGACGGUGACGGCAUGAAUUUUCUCCUUUCUCUAAGCCGGGACACCAAGCUGCAGCCGGCUCACUGUGUUGGGUUUUAGGUCUUUGAGAUCCAGUUCGGUGGGUGAAGGAACAACUGAGCACUUGUUGAUGAGGUGGAGGGCGGUUUGUUCCUUGGCACCACAUGGGCAGGCCCCAGCAAUGCAUGGUGGCAUUGAAACCUGUAUGAAGAUGUUUCAAUGUUGCCCAAUCCUUGGGAGGGAAGUCGGUGCCUGAAAGAAAACAUGUGUUCCGGUUGAGGGAGAAUUGGGCUGGUUCUCCGGGCUGGGACCAUAUUGAAGUUGGAGCCAAGUGGCGAGAGAAUAGGUAGCGACCAAUGUCUUAGUCUCUUGGAGCCAAUAUCAUUAUGUGUAGGGAGUGGUUCACAUCCCCAGGUGCAUGUCUUCGGAGGUGAGAGGAAGCCGGAGUACCCGGAGAGAACCCACACAGUCACGAGGAGAACAUGCAAACGCCACACAGAAAGAUCCCGAUCCAAGGAUCGAACCCAGGACCUUCGAAUUGUGACGCACACGUACUAACCCCUGUGCCACUAAAUUGGCCCUAGUCUAUCUGUGUUGGCGCCUUCUGCCCGUGUGCAGCUGGGAUAGGCUCCAGCACCCCCGCGACGGAUGGAUGGAGUGGUUCACGUCUUGCAAGACCUUUGCUACGAGUCUGUGAACUGACCUGUAUUUCAGGAAGAGAUUUUAAAAAACGGUUGUUGUUCAGAAUGGGUGACAAAGGGCAGCCUUGGCCGAUUCUGUUCAUAACUUUUAUGGACAGAAUUUGUAGGCGCAGUCAAGGCGUUGAGGGGAUCCGGUUUGGUGGAUUAGGUCUCUGCUUUUGCAGAUGAUGUGGUCCUGAUGGCUUCAUCUGGCCAGGAUCUUCAGCUCUCACUGGAUCGGUUCACAGCAGAGUGUGAAGCGACUGGGAUGAGAAUCAGUACCUCCAAGUCUGAGUCCAUGGUUCUCGCCCGGAAAAGGGUGGAGUGCCAUUCCCGGGUUGGGAAGGAGAUCUUGCCCCAAGUGGAGGAGUUCAAGUACCUCGGAGUCUUGUUCACGAGUGAGGGAAGAGUGGAUCAUGAGAUCGACAGGCGGAUCGGUGCGGCAUCUUCAGUAAUGCGGACACUGUAUCGAUCCGUUGUGGUGAAGAAGGAGCUGAGCCGGAAGGCACAGCUCUCAAUUUACCUAUCUACGUUCCCAUCCUCACCUAUGGUCAUGAGCUUUGGGUUUUGACCGAAAAACCAGAUCACGGGUACAAGCGGCCAAAAUGAGUUUCCUCUGUCGGGUGGCGGGGCUCUCCCUUAGAGAUAGGGUGAGAAGCUCUGCCUUACGGGAGGAGCUCAAAGUAAAGCCGCUGCUCCUCCACAUCGAGAGGAGCCAGAUGAGGUGAUUUGGGCAUCUGGUCAGGAUGCCACCCGAACGCCUUCCUGGGGAGGUGUUUGGGGCACGUCCGACCGGUAGGAGGCCACGGGGAAGACCCAGGACACGUUGGGAAGACUAUGUCUCCCGGCUGGCCUGGGAACGCCUCAGGAUCCCCCAGGAGGAGCUGGGGAGAGGGAAGUCUGGGCUUCCCUGCUUAGGCUGCUGCCCCUGCAACGCAACCUCGGAUAAGCAGAAGAAGAUGGAUGGAUGGAUGGUUCUUUUUCAGUGUAUCGAUUCAUUAGAAUCGCUUUCCAAUUUUUCAAACGAUUCCCUUAACGAUUCCUUCGGGCUGGAAUGACGUCACUACGCAACGUGUGUAGUCACUAUGCAACAGGCGUAGUGACGUCACACGGCGAGAAACAUGGCGCCCAAAGUUUGGCUGUAUUUUACGAAAAAAGUUGCAAGAUUGCUAUUCGGACAAAAGGAGGACUUACAAGUAAUUUGUACAUUUGAACGCAGAGCUUGCAAUACCUCUAAAUGUCACGUUUUUGAACUGCUUCGAUCUCAUCCCAGCAGCAGUCAUCUGUGGUGAAUACAACACGUACGAACUACAACGUUAGCGCCAUUCGCCUAAUUGUCAAAGCUGCUAUUACCUGUUUUAUUGAAAUUAAUGUCUUCUCAUUUAGAUGAGAGACAGAUUCUGACUACAAAGUUUAGGGUCAACCAUUUGCCACAGUAAAUUUUCGGUAGGUGAACGUUCAAUUGUAUAUAGAAAAAAGUUGCAUGUUUUCACUCAUUUAUUAGGGAGAUGACAAUGAUUCUCAUCCCCCAAACAGAGACAGU